AUGUCAACAAAUAGUAAGUUGAAUAAAAAUAAAGCAAAUGCUAAACUAAAAGCGCCUCCGAAAAUAGUUAAUGAAAAUCCUACGUCUUCUGAUGCCACAAAUAAUACUUUCGAAGUUGAAUUACUUUGGUGUAUUCAACAACUAGAAACUUUACUUGGUGAAAAUAAGUUAAAUCCUGCUCGCAGUAAGUAUAUUGAUCAAUCGAUAAAAGCCUUGAAUGUUUUAAAAAAUAAUUCACAACCUAUAAUAAAGAAACGGCAGAUUAUGAAUCUCACAUUUGGAGAUUAUCGGGCAAAAAUGGCUGAGGAAGAGAAAAAAUUAUCAAAAGUUACUCAACAAAUUAAAUUUAAAAAUAAACCAAAUAAAUCAUCGGUGUUUAUCAAAAAAAGUGCUCUACUAUCCAGCACAAGUGAUUUUAAAUUUGAUUUUCAAUUGAAGGAAGAUGCAAUUGAUGAUGGAACAGUUGAAAAAAUAGAAGAACCAUCUGAAACGAUAAGUACAUCAAAAACAAAUAAUUUUAAAUUUACUCCAUCAGAA